AUUUCCCGCAUUCUUCUUCUAUGAUAUUUAUUCACCUUCAACCAAGCUUUUUCGACCAUGGCAUUGCUGAUGGGAAUCAAGAGUAGGGUCAGGACGAUGGACGGGAGGAGGAAAGGCAGUGCUGUGGAGCACGUUAGCAAGUUCCUUGACGCCAUGGGGGCUCACGCCAGGGAUAGAGAUUUGUGCCUAUGCAAGUUCUCAAAGUCUUUCUCCGAUAAAGCUUAUACGUGCGAAGAGCGUAUCACUAUCCUUGAUCUCCACAAGACUCUCCAGGAUAUCAGUGAGGAUUUGAUGGCUUAUGUGAAAAGGUUUAGGGAUUUGGCACUUUAUUGUUACGGUGGCCACGCUGAGUCCUUCUUGGUGGAGAUUUGCAUCAACAAUAUGUUCUCGGAGUAUCGUGUUGUGCUUGAAAACAUUGGGAUCAGACAAGGUCAGAAAAAGAGAGAUCGUGAUGCAGCAUGGCCACCACCUAUUCCUCUAACUAUCGAAGAACUUGAUAUGCUCUUAAAUCAAUGGAUUGUUGAUAGUGCCAUCACACAACCUCAAUUGCAUCGCGAGCCCAGCAAUGAUGACAAAUGCAACCUUAAAUACUAUCGCUACCAUCGCUUUGUCCACCAUGUGACCACAGACUGUUUUUCCUCACCACGAGGGGCUUCUCAAUCAGCAAAAUGCCCCACCCUUGAAGCUGGAAAUGAAAUACUUGCCAAGCGCUUAGAUUCUUCUAGCGAAGCUGAUCAUUUGAUACUGCCAGACGAGUUGCCAACCCUCCAUGAGGCUCAACUAGCGCUCACUUCUCUAGAGUCCUACGAAGCUAUCGAUCUUGAAGAUGACCCAACAACUCCCAAGCACAAAAUUUUGGGCUUCCUUGUGAGCAAACACGGUAUUAGUGUGGAUCCAGCCAAGUCUGAGGCGAUCCGAGCUAUGCUACCGCUUAAGAAACUCAAACAGCUACGAAGCUUCAUUGGUGAGAAAGAAGAGCAGCAACGUGCUUUCUCACAUCUGCAGGAUCUCAUACUCAAGCUACCAACCAUAUCUAUCCCUGUUCGAGGAGGACUAAGAAGGCAAAGAGUAGGCGAAGAGCAACCAGUCUACUAUGUCAAUCGAAACCUCAAAGGCGCAGAGUCAAGCCUAUCCGGGGCUGAGGCUGGCGUUGUUCUCAGGGAUGACAAAGGCCAUGACAUGGUGUUUUCAUUCAAGCUUGAUUUCCAGUGCACAAACAACAUCGCAAAGUAUGAAGCUUAUCUUAUCGGCCUUGCUAUGACUAAAGAGGCUGAUGUGUAGCAUUUGAAAAUCAUUGGCGAUUUAGGUCUGAUCCUUUGCCAAGUUCAAGGUACCUUCGUUGUUCGAGAAAAACAUCUUGCACCAUAUCGUUUUUUUAGCCAACAUCUGGAGCAGUCCUUCGCCAGCAUAAGAUAU